CACAGCGUGAGGACAACAAGGAUGCUGAUCUCAAAGGUGCUUUAAAACAUCACAGAGGACUGGACAACUCACAUUGCCUCUCUUUUGACUCUGGAGAAUUUAUUUGUCUAUUUGUUUAUCUUCAUUGCCAUAUCUGGAGUUCAUAGCUUUCGAACAGACAUAUUUAUGGAUUACUAAAAGAGCAGAGGACAAAUAGCUCAUGAUGGCCGUAGCUUUAGACGCAGUAUGGGUGAGGGUCAAGAAUGUCCUGAAACAGAACGGGCUCCUCAUCCUGUCCGUGUUGGCUGUGGUCAUCGGUUGUCUUCUGGGGUUCUUCCUGAGAACACGGCGUCUCUCAGAACAGGAGGUGAAGUACUUUCAGUUUCCUGGUGAGCUGCUCAUGAGAAUGCUGAAGAUGCUUAUUUUACCACUCGUCGUUUCCAGUUUGAUGUCUGGGCUGGCAGCUCUCGAUGCCAAGUGUUCAAGUCGGCUUGGGCUGAUCACGGUGUCAUAUUAUUUGUGGACAACGUUUGUGGCUGUGAUUGUGGGGAUCAUGAUGGUGUCCAUUAUCCACCCGGGUGGUGCCGCCCAGAAAGAGGACUCUGAGGACAGCAGCAAGCAUAUCAUGAGUUCUGCUGAUGCUCUGCUGGAUCUAAUCCGAAAUAUGUUCCCAUCAAAUCUGGUCCAGGCCACUUUUCAACAGUAUCAAACAAGAAGUCAGCUCAUUGUGAAGCCAAAGCCAACAGUGGGUCAGGCCCAAUCAGAGUCAACCACAAGGCGGCCACUCAUCUAUGGCAUCCAGGAUGAUAACGGCAGUGACAUCCAGAACUUUGCUCUUGACCUGACUCCGCCUCCGGAUGUGCUGGUACGCAUUCGUGAAGGAACAAGUGAUGGAAUGAAUGUCCUCGGUAUUGUUAUUUUUUCGGCCACCAUGGGUAUUAUGUUAGGUAGAAUGGGUCCCAAUGGAAGCGCCUUGGUAAACUUCUGCCAAAGUCUCAAUGAAGCAGUUCUUAGAAUUGUUGCCAUUGUCAUAUGGUACUUUCCAUUUGGCAUAGUUUUCCUUGUGGCUGGUAAAAUCCUGGAGAUGAGUGAUCCCUCUGCAAUGGGGAAGAAGCUGGGUUUUUAUGCCAUCACCGUGGUGUUUGGUUUGGUGUUGCAUGGCUUGUUCAUCCUGCCUGCCAUGUACUUCUUCAUCACCAAAAAGAGCCCUAUUGUUUACAUCCGAGGAAUCCUGCAAGCCUUGCUUAUAGCCCUGGCAACGUCCUCCAGCUCUGCCACUUUGCCUAUAACCUUCAAGUGCCUCUUAGAGAACAAUCACAUUGACCGGCGCAUCAUACGUUUUGUGCUCCCAGUGGGUGCCACAAUUAAUAUGGACGGUACUGCCCUCUAUGAAGCUGUGGCAGCCAUCUUCAUUGCACAAGUUAAUCAUUAUGAGUUGGACUUUGGCCAAAUCAUCACUAUCAGCAUUACAGCAACGGCAGCAAGCAUUGGUGCAGCUGGGAUACCACAAGCUGGACUGGUGACCAUGGUGAUUGUGUUGACAUCUGUUGGAUUGCCUACUGAUGACAUCACCCUCAUCAUUGCAGUGGACUGGGCACUAGACAGAUUUCGAACAAUGGUAAAUGUAAUGGGUGAUGCUUUGGCCACAGGAAUUAUGGCACACAUCUGCAGGAAAGAUUUCAUGAAAGAAGGAGAUGGGGUACCUCUGGUCUGUGAGGCAACAAUACCAGUGACUACCCCACCGACAAUGAACUGUCACAAUAACAAUGGGAAUGUUCGACCCCCUUCCUUUGGAGUCAAACACAAGCUCAUCCCACCUGAUGUGGCUCGACUAAUGCAGCUGGAGGAAGGUGUUCAGCAGAUUUCAGACAAAAAGAAACCUCCACUUCCUCCAAGACAUCUGAAGAAGAGCAAAGAACACUGCACCAUUGACAUGAAUGGCCUUGAGAGCAUCGUAUAGCCUCCAAGUGAAAUUCAAUGUGACAUUAGUGUAUUUGGACUGAUGGGUGCCCAGAAGCUUGAAAUGGCAUCUGUAUUUUGUUUUAUAUCUGCAGUACCAUAUCUUUCUACAAUAUCUCACAAACGUGAGUACACCUCUCAUAUUUGGUUAAAACAUUUAAUAUGUUUUCAUGAAACAUCACUGAAAGUAAGACAUUUUGUCUACAUACAGCUUACAUGAAUUUUCUGUCCCCUCAAAAUAUCUCAACAGAGCCAUUAAUAUCUAAGCCGCUAGCAACAAAAGUGAGUGUACCCCUGAGUGAAAAUUAUGGGGGGCCAUUUUUAAAAUUACAAAGUCAAAAAUGUAUACCAGUAAUUAGGGCUCAUAAGAGAAUAAAAACGGUGGUUCAUUUUUCAAAGUCAUAUUUCCACCAUGUCUUUAAUAUAUUUAUUAAUAUAUAAAUGUGGCAACCGUUCCCUGGGCUGCCACCUUAUCGUGGUGGAGGGGUUUGAGUGUCCCAAUGACCCUAGGAGCUAUGCUGUCAGGGGCUUCAAGUCCCCAGUAGGGUCACACCCAAGGCAGACCAGUCCUUGGUGAGAGACCAGACAAAGAGCAGCGUGAAGAGCCAGGCCUUGAGGUGGGGCACGCUGGCGAGCGCCUGGUGGCCAUGCUUUUACCCAUGGAGCCAGGCCAGGCACAGUUCAAGGAGGAAACAUGGGUACCCCCUCCAAUGGGCUCACCACCUGUCGGAGAGGUCAAAGGGGUCGGGUGCAUUGUGUAAUGGGUGGCAGUCGAGGCCGGGAACCUUGGCGUUUCGAUCCACAGCUGAAGGAGCUUGCUUUUGGGACCUGGAAUGUCACCUCUCUGGUGGGGAAGCAGCCUAAGCUAGUGUGCAAGGUUAAGGAGGUUGAGAGACAGUUGGACUUACCUCAAUGCAUGGCUCUGGCUUUGGAACCAGUCUCAAGAGGGGCUGGACAUUCUUCCACUCCUGGAGUUACCCAUGGUGAGAGGCGCCGAGCAGGGGUGGGCAUACUUGUUGCCCCUCAUCUUGGUGCCUGUACGUUGGGGUUUACCCCGAUGAACAAGAGGGUGGCCUCCCUCCGCAUACGUGUAAAUGUUGUUUGUCCUUAUGCGCCAAACAGCAGUUCAGAUUACCCACACUUUUUGGAGUCCUUAGAUGGGGUACUGGAGA